AUGGUGACAAAAUCGGAGUCCAUGAAACAUAUGGUCCAUGAACCUCUGGAAAUCUGUGCUGGCGGCUCAGGGGCGCGGCGAGGGCGUGAAAAGACUGGUGGUCCUUUGGUUUUCGAUGUGGUGAAGAAUUCGAUCGCAACCCUCCGCACUGCCGGCACAACGCCCGCACUGCCGACACAACGCCCGCACUGCCAGCGCGGCGCGGCACUGCCAGGCGGCGCCCGCACUGCCAACUGGCACUUACUGCGAAGCGCAAACGCCCGCACUGCCGACGCAAACGCCACGCCCGACGCAAGCGCCCGCACUGCCAAACGCAACGCCACUGCCGACACAGCGCCGCACUGCCAGCACAGUACCCGCACUGCUGGCCUGACACCCGCACUGCGCUUCCACACUACCAGCACAACGCCACUACCAACACAACGCCCACGCCGCCGCGCAAGCACCCGCACUGCCAGCCUGACACUUGACGCACUGCCGGCACGGCGCGCACUGCACCAACUACGGCGCACGCUACCGGCACAGCACCCACAAUGCCAACCUGACUCCACACUGCCAGCCCGCAACGCCCACAUUGCCAACACAACGCCGCACUGCCAACCUGACACUUACGCUACCAACACAAACACCCGCUGCCGGCACAGCGCUACACUGCCAGCACAAACGCCCAACACUGCAAACACAACGCCACACUGCCAGCACAGCGCCACUGCCAGCGCAACGCCGCACGCUGCCAGCACAACACCCGCACUGCCAGCCUGUACCCACACUGCCAGCGCAAACGCCCGCACUUUCUCAGCACAGCGCCCACGCACUGCGGCACCAACGCCACGCACUGCCGGCACAAACGCCCGCACGCACUGCCAGCACAACGCCCGCACUGCCGGCGCAGCGCCCGCACCACUGCCAACACAACGCCACACUGCCGGCACGGCCUGCUAA